GGGCCUUACUACAUUCCCGGUGCGCCUUACAAGCAGAUCGAGGACGGUAAAGCUGUCAUGGCGUCUACAGAGUAUCUGAAGAAAUAUGGUCCGUUCUUGUUCUUGUUCGACGUCAAGGACGCCAAAGGCGAACCCGUCCCGAACGCGACGCUGGACUGGUGGCAGGCUGAUAGCGACGGGGGCUACUACUUCCGUUCCUGGACCCUGCGUGGCAAGGUCACCACGGAUGCGCACGGCCGCGCGGAGGUCCUUAGUGUCAAUCCGGGCGAGUACGGCGUCCCGUUCAUGGGGAAACGUUCGGGACACGUCCACCUCAAUGUCAGCGGCACCGCGGGCAAGCACCGCUUCAUGACGACGCAAGUUUACGUCUGCGAGGGUAACAAGUCAGAGCGCGUGCACACGGACAUCGCGAACUACGCACGGCCGGCGCGUCCAGGGAACAUGGCCACCUGCUGGUCCUUGCCCGCGGCCAACGGCGGCGAGAAGUACUGGGACCUCCCUGAGUUACCUGCGGAGGAUGUGGAGAGGGCGAACCGUAUCGGCUGGUGGAAUGCAAAGCUGAGGGAGCGUGGUAUUGAACGCGAGAUAGUCGCCGUUGGGCAACAGGAGUUCAAGCUCACCACUAUUUGA